AUUUCAAUUAACCUUUUUGAUAUCUGGAUUGCAUCAUCAAGGUGACAUGAAAAGUCUACAAAUGAACUACAUUUUUAAUGUCUGUAUUACACCUUCAUACAAGAUAAACACGGCAUUUUUUUAAUUCAUCAAUACUAAGGAUUAAAAAUGAACUUUGUUAAUGCCAUCGUCAUUGCGUCAAUACUGACCGCCAUCCUGACAUCAGGUGGGAGCUGUCACAAAUCCUGUUCAAGGAACGCAAGUCUGAUGAAGAGUAUUCAAUACCAGUUGAAACUAGUGGAAGAUAAUGAUGGAAAGUGUGACUGUAACCACAGUCCUUCAUCUGCGAGUUUUGGAAAGGUUGGUUUUCUGGUUUUUAAUUCGAAAACACUGCAGAAUAUUGGUACCGGAUCUGUUGUUGUGUACGACACUGUUACUACCAACCUCGGUGGAGGAUAUGAUAAGUCGACUGGUGUGUUCACUGCACCUGUGGAAGGUCUUUACUUCUUUGCCUGGACAGUUCUUACUUACGCUGGCAAAACUUUCUACACACAAUUAAUACUGAAUGACACUAUUGUAGCAAGGAAUUAUGCUGCAGCUGGAAAAAUAUCUACAGAAAUGCCAUCUAGCCAGAGUGCUGUUUUACAAAUGAAGAAAAAUGACAAAGUAUCUAUCAGGGUUCAAAGCGGAGGUGUAUUCAUGUUCGGAGACAAAUGGUCAACCUUCAGUGGCUUCAAAAUCUAAAUAAAAUAAAUUAAACUUAAG